CCUAUAAAAAAAAUUUAUUUUUAUCUUUAAUUUUCUUUGAUUUUCUUUUGAUUUGAAAUCAAUUCUUUAUGAUUCACAAAAUUAAUUAUUUUAAUCAGUAUGCUUUUUUUUUGUCUAGAUUUGGACAAUUAAUAAUAAAUUCUUCCGUUUCCGGUCCGAAAACAAGGGGAUUUUACGUAAUUUUACCGAUAUUUGGAAAUAUUAAUUAUAUAAAUUGGGAGAAUACCAUUGAGAAUGAUCAAUAGUUAAAGAAAGAAAGAACCCUUUGAAAGGAAGUCAUUUAAAUUUUGUAUACUUUCAAAAUUACGUAUUUCUUUCAAUUUUA